AUGGCCGGCAAACUUGCCCUGGUCCUCAUAUUAAUGCACUCAAUCCAAAUUCUCGCCCUUCCAACACCCUCUGAAAGCUCAAUCGCAUCCAAAUCCCUUGCGUCACACAAUAAGCGCUACUACUUCCCCGAGACCCUCCCCGACCGAGAUGAGCUCGGAGCAAUGUUGAAAGAAACCGCCAUACGUGAAGCAGGAUUCGUGCACUCGUCAACGCCAUCAAAAUCGAAGUCUGGACCCGUGCAUAAUUCGGAGACGGAGCUUCAAAAAUCACUUCCGAAUCCGGAUGUAGCGAUCGGCACUCCGGCAAAACCGGAUAGAUACGCACAAGACACAAAGCUGAAGCUGUCGCUGUCGCACUCCGAGUCCCGUCUGGAAGAAUCGGCCGUCACACUGGAAUCGAAUGAUUACCCGAUUUACUGGCCGCCGUUUGGAUUCUUCGUUGUCUCCGCUGCGAUCGUGUGCUUCUUUACCAUACUGAGGGGGAUCCGCACGAAGAAGUGA